AUGGCAAUCAUCAUCUUUUCUAAGCACUAUGCUAGUUCCAGAAGGUGCCUUGGGGAACUCACAAAAAUUAUGGAGUUUCACAGAUCACGUGAUCAGGUAGUUCUUCCCAUAUUUUAUGGUGUGAAUCCGUCGGAGGUUCAUAAUCAAGAAUGUAGUUUUGGACAAGCAUUUCAAGAUCUUGUUCAAAGAAUUUCACCCGAUGAAAAUGAAGUGUCGGGGUGGAUGACAGCUCUCAGUGAAGCUGGAAGCGUUUGUGGGCUUGUUGUGCCUAAUUUCGAGUCCAAGAAUGAAAGUGAGGAUAUUCAGAAUAUUGUCAAGCUUGUUCGUUAUCUAUUGGAUACGAAAGACUCGUGUGCCACAGAAGGCCUAGUUGGAGUUCGUUCUCAAGUGCAAGAAGUGAUUACGAUGCUUCAUAAGCAUCAAUCAAAAGAUGUUGUCUCCCUUGGGAUAUGGGGAACGGGGGGUAUUGGCAAAACAACUACUGCCAAACUCAUUUUUGACCGCAUUCAGAAUGAAUUCGAAAGUACAUGUUUUUUUUCAAAUGUAAGGCAAGCUUGGGAGAGCAAAGGCAGAGUUUAUUUGCAAGAACAACUUGUUUCAAGAAUAUGUGAAGCGAAAAAUAUGAGAAUGGAUAGCAAUGAAUCAGGAAGCCUCAAGUUGAAGGAAAGACUUCGCCACAGGAAAGUACUUGUUGUGCUUGAUGAUGUGAAUGACUUGGAGCAACUACGUGCUUUAUGUGGAAAUCGUGAAUGGUUAGGUGAAGGGAGUAAAAUCAUCAUUACAACUAGGGAUUUACAUUUACUUAAGACCUUUGGAGUGGAUGAUAUACAUAGCAUGAAGCUUUUAAGCAAUGAUGCGUCUCUUGAACUUUUCAUUAGAAAAGCAUUUAAACGAGCAAGCCCAGAAGGAAAAUUCAUGGAACUUUGCAGAAGAAUGGUUGCUUAUGCUGAGGGACUACCGCUAGCUCUUAACGUCCUUGGCUCUAGUUUAUAUGGGCAAUCAUCAUGGGAAUGGGACUGGGAGUUGAUGAAACUAAGCAUAAUUCCACCUCCUGCUAUAUUCAAGAAAUUGAAGCUUAGCUUUGACUCUUUAGAUGGUAAUGGAAAAGAAAUAUUUCUAAAUAUAGUUUUAUUUCAUAUUGGGGAGGACAAGGAUGAUGUGAUCCAAAAGUUGGAUGGCCACGGAUGUAAUGCUAGCAUUGGGAUAGGAGCCCUGGUGGAUCGGAGCCUUGUAACCAUUGACAAGAACAACAAACUUAAAAUGCAUCAUAUGUCGCAGCUCAUGGGAAGAAGAAUAAUACAUCAAAGUUCACAAAACAAUCUUCUAAAGCGAAGUUAUAAGUAUGAUGUGUUUUUGAGUUUUAGAGGUGAAGACACUCGGGCAACUUUUACUUCGCAUAUAAAUUCAGCUCUACGUGAUGCUGGCAUCUUUGUUUUCAAAGAUGAUGUUGAACUUCCUAGAGGAAAUCAUAUCAAACUAGAAUUAUUGCAGGCAAUUGGAAGCUCAAAAAUUGCAAUCAUCAUCUUCUCUAGGAAAUACGCUGCAUCUAAAUGGUGUUUGGAUGAACUGUCAUUGAUAAGGGAGCUUCAUAAAUCAGAUUAUCAGGUGAUUCUACCCGUGUUUUAUGACGUGGCUCCAUCAGAAGUUCGUAGUCAAACUUCUAGUUUUGGAAAAGCAUUUAAAAAACUUAUACAAAAAUUUUCACCACCAAAAGGUCAAGUUUCCAAGUGGAGGACAGCCCUUCGUGAUGUUGGGGCCAUUGCAGGGACCGUCAUACUUAAUUCCAGGGAGGAGAGUGGAUACGUGAAAGCUAUUGUUGAUGAUGUUCGUGAUAUAUUGGACAAGAAAGACUUAUAUGUGGCUGAGCACCCAGUAGGAGUGGAUAAUCGCAUGCAAGAAGUGAUCACAAUGCUCCAAAACCAUCCAUCUGAAGAUGUUGUCAUGGUAGGGAUAUGGGGAAUGGGGGGCGUGGGCAAAACAACCAUUGCCAAAGCCAUUUAUAAUAAAAUUGGUCAUAAGUUUGAGGGUAGAAGUUACCUUCCAAGGAUCAGAAAAGUUUGGAAUCAAAGAGAGGGGAAAGUGCGCUUACAGAACCAACUUCUUUCUGAUAUAUGUAAGCCUACAAAGAUGAAGAUAAAUAGCAUUGAAUCAGGAAUAAACAUAUUGAGGGAUAGACUUCGUCAUAAAAAGGCAUUGGUUGUAGUUGAUGGUGUGGAUAAGUCAAGCCAACUACAUGCUUUAGUUGGAAGUCGUGAUUGGUUUGGUAAAGGGAGUAUAGUAAUCAUCACAACUAGAGAUCGACAUCUACUCCGUGAAAGCAAUUGUGUUGUUCAUUUAGUAAAGAAUUUGGAUGAAAGAGAAUCUAUUGAGCUCUUUAGUUGGCAUGCAUUUAGACAAAAAAGCCCUAAAGAAGAUUUCAUUGAACUUUCAAGACGUGUAGUUGCGUACUCUGGAGGACUUCCAUUGGCUCUUAAAGUAUUUGGCUCCUAUUUAUUUGCUAGAGAAACAGAGGAAUGGGAGAGUGUAUUGGAGAGAAUUAAAAAAAUUCCCUUGAAAAAGAUACAAAAGAAGCUAAAAACAAGCUUUGACAGUUUAAGUGAUUUGUCGGAUAAAGAAAUAUUUCUUGAUAUAUCUUGCUUCUUUAUUGGGAUGGACAAAGAUGAUGUGACACAAAUAUUAAAUGGUUGUAGAUUUUUUGCCAAAACUGGAAUAAAAAACCUUGAGGAGCGAAGCCUUGUGACUAUUGAUGAGAACAAUAAGCUUGGUAUGCAUAAUUUGCUUCGAGAUAUGGGACGAGAAAUAAUUCGUGAAGAGUCUCGAACUCUUGGGAAGAGAAGUAGGUUAUGGUUUCACAAGGAUGCACAAGCUGUAUUAUUAAAACGCAGGUCACAUGUCUAUAAGCUUGAUGAUCAUGACAAGUAUGUCGCUAUUUCGCUUUUUGGCAAACAAAUAACACAACUGCACACUUCGAUUUCUGCAGGGAACAAACGCUAUUGA